AUGCUAUCAAUAAAAAAAGAUAUUGAUUUGUCAAAAUGUAUUGAUGAGAAAAAACGAAGCUCUGCUUGGAAAAAUGAAAUCUAUCGUCGUGUAGUUGAUGUUUGUAAACAGUUGAAGAAGCAAGGUGUUCAUUCAUCCAUUCUUAUCAAUGCGGCUGGUUUCACAUACACCGGCAUUGAUGAUACUGCUCAUUGUCUCACAUGUGGUCUAAAAGUAUCUGAAUGGACAGCACACAUGAAUCCAUUUACUGUUCAUGUUCAACAGAGUCCAAAUUGUUCAUUCGUUCAAUCGAUUGUAUCAAAGAAUCAAAUAAACUUUUCUUCUUCAGAUGGUUCAAUAACAGAGAACCAAAACUUUGAAUUAUCACAUAAUCAAGAAAAAUUAUUGAAACAUAAAAAAAUCGAUCAAAAGAUCGACCAUUGUCUGAUAGAAGUAGAGAUAAUGAAAGAAGUUCGUUGUCGAACAUUUUCACAUUGGCCUCAUCAGAAAGUACUAUCUCGAACACAAAUGAUUUCGGCUGGAUUUUUUUAUUGUAAUGUUGGUGAUCGUGUCAUUUGUUUGUAUUGUAAUUUAAUUUGUCAACAAUGGACACCACAUAUUGAUGAUCCAGAGGAAGUACAUCAAACUCUUUCAUCUCUAUGUCCAUAUGUUUUAUUUAUUUUAAAAACUCGUCAAACAUCAACUGCAUCAAUUCUUAAUGAUAAUUCGAAUAAUCGAGCAGUAACAUCUAAUCUAUUGCGAUUUAAUGAAAUAGCUCAAGCAUCAGCAUUUCAUCAAGCCUAUAUUGAAAUUUCGAAACGUCAAUCAUCAUUUAAUUCUUGGCCUCAAGAAGACUUACCUUCUGUUGAUGAUCUUGUUCGAGCAGGAUUUUUUUAUACUGGUUCAAAAACAAUUAUUACCUGUUUUUAUUGUAACGGAUCACUUCAAAAUUGGGGUCCCAAAGAUAAUCCAUUGAUUGAACAUGUACGUUGGUUUCCACUUUGUGCCUACGCUAAACAAUUAUGCGACGAUGAACUAUAUCGACAAGUUCAAGAAUCAAAACGAAUUCGUCAAGAACGUGCUGGAACAAAUCAAAUAGAGAGAAAUGAAAAUUUUUCGAACAAUCAUCAAACAAAUAAUUAUCAAUUAAUGAUUCCUGAUGAGAACACAUUGUCACGAUUUGUUGCUGCUCGACUCGAAAAUGAUUUUGCUACAGAUUGUGAUUUAUUAAUUGCUUGUAUUAUUCUUCAAAAACAAAUCGAUCAUAUCAAUGGUCGUCAAGAAAACAUUAUUGUACCGAGUAUCAAGAUGAAAAUGAUUCGUGAGACAGAACAAUCCAGGUCAUCAUCAUCCAUGCCAACAUCGAUCGAACCAUUUUCAUCAAAUUCAUCGACUACUAAUAACAUAAUCGAAUCAAAAUCAACCAUUGCAACGAUCGAUCAUCAAUCAAAAACAGAAAUAAAAGCUAGUUUGACAACGGAUUUGGCGUCGUCGAAUUUGUGUAUACUUUGUUUAACAGAAGAUAAACGUCUUGCAUGUAUUCCAUGUGGACAUUUGGCAACUUGUGUUCCCUGUGGUCAUUCACUUCGAACAUGUCCAGUUUGUCGAAGAGAAAUAGAGGCUUUUGUACGCAUCUACAUUUAA